AUGUGUCCCAGCUGGGCGCAUGCAAGCAACCAGGUCAUAGCAGUACAGGACAUUGUGAGAAAAGGUGAAUUGUUGAGGCAGGCCUUGCCUUCCCCUUUCCUGCAGGUUGAGGUGCCAGUCAUAGGAGGCCAUGCCGGCAUGACCAUCCUGCCGGUCUUCUCGCAAGAUCGCCACGGAUCGCGGAUUGAUCCCGCCAAAAUUCCAGACCUGGACAGGAAGACGCAAGAUGCAGGGACCGAGGUCGUGAAUGCCAAGAACGGAAAGGGCUCGGCCACCCUCUCCAUGGCCUACGCUGGAGCACGCCUUGGCCGGGCUGUUCUGGCUGGCAUGUCAGGGCAAGCUGCUGUGGAAUGUGCAUACAUCAAAUCAGAUGUGACCGAGCUGGAUUACUUUGCUUCCAGAAUUCAGUUUGGCAGAGCGGGCGUGACUCGUGCGCUUCCUAUUGGAAAUCUCAGCGCGCAUGAGCAAAAGCGGCUGGCAGAAGCUAAAGCUCAGUUGAAGAGCGAAAUCGCUACCGGCAAGAAGUACGCCCAACAGACAUCUUUGGCCAUGAAGUAG